AUGUUCGCAGUCGUACACUCAAAACUGCAAUUCGGAUGCUUCUUGUUAAGCGCCCACGAGUUGCAGUGCAAUGAAGAUGAGGUACAAGAACACAGUGCUGACCAGGCAGCCAACGAGAAUGAACAUCCAUGUGUACCAAAUGAACUGAAGGACUUCAUACGAAGUUAUUUAACGAAGGAAUUGAACGAACUGAAAGCGAACUUCGACAAACAACUACAGCAGACCGAGGAAGAAGUCUCCAGGCGACUCAACUUCAAAAGGGCCGCCUCACCAUCUAAACUCGAGAAACCAACAAACAAAACUAAAGAAAAGAAACAAAAAUAA